AUGUUUCAGAUGUUACAGUUGCAGAAAACAAACGUAUGGCUAUUUUAUUCAAAUAUGAUUGGCUAUAUGCGCAUUAUUUUAGCAUUACUAUCUUUUGAAGCGAUGACUUAUGCUCCAUGGCGUGCAGCAAUCUGUUAUGUGUUUAGCGCCGCAUCCGAUGCUAUAGAUGGCUAUGUUGCACGGAUUCAUAAUCAAUCGUCCAGAUUUGGUGCUAUGCUAGAUAUGUUAACGGAUCGUUGCGCUCUUAUGGCACUAGUAAUGUGCUGUGGGAAUUUUUAUUCAAAUUACUUAUUUUUUUUUCAAAUGUCAGCAGUAAUUGAUAUUGCUUCUCAUUGGUUUUAUUUUCAUGCUGGCGAUGUUACUGGCAAAACAACACAUAAACAGUCAUCAAAUCCAAUUUUGCAUCUGUACUACACUUCCCGUCCAUUUUUAUUUGUAAUGUGUUUGGGUAAUGAAGCAUUCUAUAGUUUCAUGUAUAUCAAUCAUUUUUGGUCUGGUCCAGGUAUAUACGGUUUUCAUUUCAUUCCAUUGCUAUCAGCUCUUUGUUUUCCCAUUGCUUUACUGAAAUCAAUGAUUAGCUUGCUUCAUCUUUUUGUCGCUGCACAAAUAUUAGUUGCCAAAGAUGUAGAGUUGAUUAGACAGAAAAAAUAG